UGUGCUUGAAGACCAGAGGAAAGACACUGUAGUUGUUCCAGUACCCUUAGAUUCUCAGUUUAUUGUUGGUACUGACGGUCCUUUUUUGAUGGAGAAAUCAAAUUGGCCGAAUCUGAAGAUAACUGAGGUACAACAUGAAGAGUCUCCAAUGGAAUCUUUAACUCAAGAAAAUGUUUUUUCCCCAGAGUGUGGACUUAACAAUGAAUCUUUUGUGGAACAUAAGUCCCCCCAAGCUAUAAGGAAAGGUGGGGGUGAAAUGGAAGGGGAGGAUCUGAUGGAUGUGAUUUCAUGCCAAAGUAAAGAUUCUGAUUUGGAGGAGAACAGCCAGGGGUGGCAGCCUUCCAAGUCCAAAAAACCAAAAAAGCAUAUGAAGAAUCGAGUUGUGGUUGCUUCGAGGACUAGCAGCAGGAUUUCAAGGGAUGGGAUUCCUAUUGCUGAGAAGGCCUCAAGGAGAGCUAUGGAGAGGAACAACAUUUCAGAAAUGGAGUAUUCUGCUUAAGGAAGAUGAUUGGGCUCGAGUCAAGCAAGUGAAAGACGACAUCAUGCUAUGGAUUGGAGAUUUCAAGCCCACGGUGUUCAGCUCUACUGAUGUCGUUGAAAUCUAGUGGCUGGUUUAGCUUUUGCUUACCUCUUUGUGUUGCUGAGUAACUGGUGUUCCCAGUAGUUCUGUUGGU